AUGACGUUAUUUCUGGUCGAGACAAGCUGUAGCCUUAUUGGCUGGCUUUUGAUGUACAUUCUGCUGUGUCACGUGAACAGAAAGCGAAAUGCCGAGUGGAACUGCCGACUCAUCACCUUGCUCCACGGGGUCCUCAUAGUUUUGCUAACUGCUUACAUCGGAUUUGUGGAUGGGCCGUGGCCAUUCACGCAUGCAGGCUCAGAAAACACCACAUUCCAGAUCCUAGCCCUGCUCCUCAGUCUGGGCUACUUCCUCUUUGACAUGGCCUGGUGUGUGUACUUCCAUACAGAGGGUCCUGUUAUGUUGGCCCAUCAUACUCUAAGCAUCCUAGGCAUUGUGUGCGCACUGGGAAUGGGCGAAUCAGGCAUCGAGGCAUGUGCAGUGCUCUUCGGUAGUGAAAUCACUAAUCCACUCCUGCAGGCCCGCUGGUUCCUCAAGCAGACAGGCCGCUACGACAGCCUGAGUGGUGACCUCGUCGACCUCCUCUUCAUCACACUCUUCGCCUGUGUGCGGAUCGGCGUCGGUGGCCGUAUGCUCUACUGUGAGCUGGUGUCUCCAAAACCCAAACUGGUCAUGAAGGUGGGUGGGGUGGCCAUCUACGCCCUCUCCUGCGUCUUCAUGGUGGACAUUGCAUGCUUUGCUUGUCGGAAAACCCGCGCCAAGUACAGACGAUGGCAGGAAUGGCAGAAGCUUAAUAAUGCUAAUGGGCAUACUGGGUAG